CUGCUGUUACAGAGAGAGCUGAGAUAAGAGGAGGGGAGAUGUGUUGUAUUGUCUGUGCUGCUGCUAGAUGAGGUUGUUGUUUUUACCAGAGAGAUCACUUCCUCCUCUGACUAAAAAACCCAGCUCUUUUUAUUGCUCAGCCUGCUCCGUUUCUCUCCUCUAUAGCCCCUCCCACCCCUAACCAGGGAGCUCCUGUGGGAGGGGGAAGCACAAGCACCACACUGCCUGGACCAAUCAUCAUGCAGCACCUCCUAUCCAUUACAUCUUAGUUUCCAAGGCGACAGGCAGGGCCUUUCUCCUGAAAGGCACCGCAUCAUCACCAUCCAUCCACCCAGGGCUGGUCGAGAGGCAGCAGUAGCAGGCAGCAAGCAGCAGCCCCGCAGUGGGUCACAUCAGGCACCUCCCUCCCUCUCUCUCUCUCGCCUCAUGUCGCGCUGCAAGUCUCCGCCAACACUCAGGAAAAGGAAAAUGGAGUAAGAAGAGAAGAGGAAUGUGGUAGCUGAUUGAGAACGGAUCUAGCUGUAGGAUCUAGCUGUUAUUCACCAUGAUCGCUGCUGUGUCUCCCAUGGCCUGUGAGGCUGUCUCGCCCAUGAUCACCUCCGUCACGCCCACCCUGGAGUCCAGCCCUAAGGAGGAGGAGGAGGCAGGCCUCAGCCCCAGCCAGAGUGGUCUCUGUGGGGAAGAUCUGGCCCAGGAGAGGGACCCGGCCCAGAGGUAUCAGAACAAAAAGCCCCCUCCCCUGCACACGGGGGCGGACUGGAAGGUGGUGCUGCACCUGCCUGAGAUCGAGACAUGGCUGAGGGCCACUACUGAGAGGGUCCGGGACCUCACAUACUCUGUCCACCAGGACUCAGUCAACAAACACGUGGACGUGCAUCUAGUGCAGCUGAAGGACAUUUGCGAGGACAUCUCGGACCAUGUAGAGCAGAUCCACGCGUUGCUGGAGACCGAGUUCUCCCUGAAGCUGCUGUCCUACUCUGUGAACAUCAUCGUGGACAUCCGCAGUGUCCAGCUGCUGUGGCACCAGCUCCGUGUCUCUGUCCUGGUACUGAAGGAGAGGCUGCUGCAGGGCCUCCAGGACUCCAACGGAAACUACACCCGACAGACAGACAUCCUCCAGGCCUUCUCCCAGGACCACGACCAGACUCGCCUGGAUGCUCUGACUGAAGUGGACGACUGUGGCCAGCUGACCAUUAAGUGCAGUCAGGACUACUUCUCCCUGGACUGUGGCAUCACAGCCUACGAGCUCAGCGACUACAGCCCCAGUGAGGACCAGGAGGGUACCAGGGAACCAAGCCAGGGCCAGGAUCCCCGGUGUAGCUACCCCGGGCUGGAGAGAGACUUCCCAGAGCUCAUCCAGAGUGUGGAUCUGCUGACCAUCACGGUCAAGCAGAACCAGAACCAAGGGGUCGUCCCAGAGCAGGAGGAGGAGGAGCCAGGGACCUCCAUAGAGAGACUGAAAGACACACUCCGUAGUGGAGGAGAGGACAACAAUCCUGCACCAGGAACCACAAUGCACUGCGGCACGCCCCAGAACGAGAGCACUCUGCUCUCCAAGCGCCCACUCCAGGGCAGCGUGAGUAACGAGGUGUCCCCCACCCAGCCCUCCCUGCCGAAGAAGCCCAUGUACCUGGAGGGAGAGGCUGAGAUCAGCCUGAGGAGAUCCACACUGCCUUCCUCUCUUCAGUUCCAGGCAGACCUGAGCCGGAGCACCCCCUCCCUCCUGGACCCUCCAGAUCGCUCCAAGUUCUGGCUGGAGCUGGACGCUGUGUACCCCAGCAACGCCAGUCAGUCCUACAACAGCCUGCAUGCAAUGAAUGACAGGAACCUGCAGGCCAGCAGACAGAGCGAGGCGGGACGGUACCAGAGACAGGGGGGCCCUGCUGGAGCUCACAUCCCCCUGCAGAGGAGCUCCUCAGAGGCAGGGCGGGGAGGCCAUUUCCCCCAAGACAUCUCCCCCAUCCCCAUCCCCUUCUCAGGCACUGGAGAAUGCAACAGGGACAUGGAUGAUCCACAGACAGUCAUAGACACAAACAGCCCCCUACUUUCUCCCAUGAGGGGACCCUUGGACCACGAAUCCCAUGACGAGGCCUCCAGCGAGGACUCCAGUCCCCUCAAAAAAGCAGCAGACUGGAAUAUCCAGCGCCAGGGGCCCCGGGGGCCCAAGCGGCACCCCCAAGCCUUAGCCGAGGCUAGCCCUAACCCCAGCGAGGAGCGGUGGUUUGGGUCAGAUGAGUUCUUGGCUCUGCCCGCCCAGCUGAAGAAGACAGAGAUGCUGGCUAUGAAGCUGGAGACCCUGGCCAAGGCGCUGCCCCAGAGACCCGGCCACCAAGGACACCACGAGUCCAUUCAGGAUGUGGACGACUGGGAGCUGACUGAGGUCAACUCAGACUGGGAGGGCGAGGGCCCGGGCAGCCCCAACCCCACGCUGGGCCUCCCCAACCUCCAACAGCCCUACAAGAGGCCCUUCCGGGUGGGGAUGGGGCAUUUCUCGCCCACCUCGUCCAGCGAUAUGGCUCCGUCCCUGGAUGAGAGCCUUGAGUCGGGCCCCCUCAGUGACCUACUAUCUGAGGACGAGGCCUGGAGCUCCGGGGAGAGUAGGAUGAGAGACAACAACAGGGGCUGGAGCUCCGGGGAGACCAGAGGGAGCUCUACUGGCUCCAGAAGGAGAGACAGCAACAGGUUACUGCUGCAGCCCAUCACCACUACCAUGCCCCCCCACAUAGAGACACAGUGUAAACCCCUCAUCCAACAGCUGCAGGAUGACAUCCAGCACCACGACAACCACCCAGACAUAUGGGGCAAGAUAGAGGGCUUUGUGAGCAAACUAGAUGAGUUUAUCUGCUGGCUGAGGGAAGCCCUGGAGACCACAGAGAACUGGAUGCCACCCAAAGCUGAAAUGGACAGCCUCAAGCUCUACCUGGAGACACACCUGAGCUUCAAGCUGAACGUGGACAGUCACUGUUCUCUGAAAGACUGUGUACUGGAAGAAGGCAGGCAGCUGCUGGAAGUCAUCAUCUCCCACAAAUCAGGCCUGAGGGACAUGCUCCAGAUGACCGUACACCAGUGGCAGGAGCUCCAGAGGCAGAUCCGCCGCCAGCACAGCUGGAUGCUGCGCACUCUGGAUGCCAUCAAAGCCCACAUCCUGGCCACUGAGGCUGCGGCCUCUCAGGAGGCAGAGACCACGGGUCCACUAGCCAGCCCCAAGGUAGAGUUGCUGCAGAGCCACCAUGAGGCCCAGAGGGAUGCCCUGGACCAGUUAAGCCUGAAGCUGAACAGCCAGCAGUACUGCACAGGCACCAACAGGAGGACUGGGAGGGAGUACACACAGAUGUCCAAGAACAACAGUCUGCAGGAGUUUGAGUCAGACUUCCAGGAGCUCUGGGAUUGGCUUAUGGACAUGGACUCGGUGGUGACGGACAGCUACAAGCUGAUGAUGUCAGAGGAGCAACAGCAGUAUCUCUACAAGGGGAACAGUGUAGAGAUGAGUAUGUGGCACCCUAAGAAGACACACCUCCUGGGCUGGGCUGAGAGCCUGCGGAGGAGUGGAGCCCAGCUCCCCCCGGACUUCGACGAGAGAGUCAAUGCCAUGACACAGAAGUGGGACCAGCUGCAGAAGAUCCUGGGGGAGUCUGUGGGGAGCACCAGCCCAUCCCAGGACCCUCGCUCUGCCCUGUCCCCUCAUACCAGCAGCCUGCUGGGCCGGCUGGAGGGCAGGAUCAAGGAUCUGAAGGUGUGGCUGAGAGACACAGAGCUGUUCAUCUUCAACUCCUGUCUGAGGCAGGAAGCAGAGCAGGACCUGCAGGCCUCCACCCAGCUGCAGCACUUCAAGUCUCUGUGUCUGGAGGUACGUGGAAGGCGUAAGGGCGUGUCCUCUGUACUGAGGUUGUGCCAGCGGCUGCAGGAGCAGCAGAGUGUUUCAGACUCAGACCAACAGGCCCUGCAGCUUCAGCUGCUCACCGUCAACCUGGAGCGUCGCUGGGAGGCCAUCGUCAUGCAGGUGCUGCAGUGGCAGACACGCCUCCGGAGGUCCCUGGGGACAGAUCAGGUCCCGGGGAACCUUGUAGAGGCUGGUCUCAUGGACCUCCACGGCCCAGCAGAGGACUCCUGGGAGUGGGAUGAAAUGGACAUGACUAUCGUGGAGCACAUGGAGCCACAGGAAUUUGAUGACAAACAAAACGCUGAAUGUGAUUCAGGUCCAGGAUCCCCCGGGGCCAGUUUAGACUAUGACAAGUCCGAGGCGGACCUGCAUGUUACUCAGCGAGGAAUAUUCUUGAGCGAAUCAUCCAGAGUGAUGCCUCUGUCUUCUCAGCGUCCCAGUGUCUAUCAGGUGUACAACCUGCAUAAUGUAGAGCUCUACAGACAGCCUCAAUUCCCCUCCGUACACAAGACCUCUUCUCCAGCCAAAGCUGGGAGGAAGCAGCCUCUUCUGAAGAGCCUGAGCAAAGACUCCUCCUUCUCAUCUGUGGAGUCCUUGCCAGAUCUCCUAGGGGGACUGCUCGGCGGGGGGAAGCAUGGGGGCCGCGGCGAGUCCGCCCGCAGAUCAGAGAGCGAGAGCGGGAUAGUCAGCGAGGGCGACACAGAGACCACGGCCAACUCCGAGAUCUGUCUGGAAGACCUCAGGAGAAGGGGCAGCACCUCCCUCACACCGCCCACAGGAGACGACUCGCCUGGUGAAAAGGACGAAGAGAGGGACAGGGUGUGUGAUGAGGACAUUGACAGGAUCCUGGAGCGGGCCAACAAUGUAGCUCUGUAUGGGGACUGUUUGGCUGUCACGGCACUGAGAGACAUAGACAGAGACCAAAGUAGAUCCAAAGCAGGGAAGAAAAGGAGAGGAGGAGAGGAGGGAUGUGGAGGAGGGGAGAACUGGAGGAGACACAGGAGAGAGCCUAAUGUUGAGAUCCUGAUCAACGGACGUGACUUCUGCCCUGACACUGAGGAAGAUGAGACUCACGAUGAGAGGAGAGUGACAGGAGGGAAGGGCCGUAGAGACGGAGAGAUUCCCCAUCUGUCCCAGGGGUCGUCCCUGGAGUCCCUGUAUUCAGCGGGGGAACUAUUUCCAUCCGGCAAAGACACUCUGCAGCGCUCCAUGUCUCUAGAGAGCUGGCUGGCCCCAUGUAAGAGCUGGGAGAAGGCCGAGGGAGAGGGAGAUGGAGGCAGCCAGGGCAGCCUGAGAGAGCUGGGCCUGGGCAUCGGAGCCAUGGAGCCCACAGGGGAACUGAGCCGUAGGACUCUAGAGCUCCUCAAACGCCUGGAGAACAUCCAGACCCCGCUACACGACCUGAAAAUGACACGCAGCAUCUCUGACAUCACCCUGCUGAGCAGCAAAUCCCUGCGCCUCCCAGAGGCCGGAUAUGGAUCUGGGGGGCCCGGGCAUGCUGGGCGCCUCUCCGGGGGCCGGGGUGGUCACCCCUCCUCAGUCAACGAGAGCUCGGCGGCGUCUCUGACGGAGCUGAGCAGCACGGAGGACUCGUCAGUGGGCUCUGAGGACCUGGCUGUGCUUAGGAACCGCUGCUGUCUGCUGGACUCCAAUGCCUCCUUCAGGAAGCACAACCACCGGGCCCAGCCGGGAGGUCAUCAUGGAGGUCACAGGGGUCACGACGAGGCGGACGCCAGCAUCAGCAUGGUGGUCAACGUGUCGUGCACCUCGGCCUGUACGGAUGACGAGGACGACAGUGACCUUCUGUCCAGUUCCACGCUGACCCUGACUGAGGAGGAGCUGGGUAUCAAGGAGGACGAGGAGGAGGACUCUUCAGUUACCUCUGAGGAGGAGUACACGGAGGGCUCCUUCGCCCUGGGCCUGGAGUACAUGAAGAACGAGUUCCACAACUGGAUCCAGAAGCCCUCCCGCUCCCAGCAGCAGUCCCAGUCCAGCUCCGGCAGAGACAAGAACCAAGGGGAUGACCCUCUAGGGGACGAGCUGCAGUGUGGCACCCUUUCCAGAGAUAACACUAGCAGGCCGUCUGUAGGCAACGAGCGCCGCUCCUUCCUGAGCCCCACGGCGCUGAGGCUGCUUGAGUCCCACACCAACAGCAUCGUGAAAAAGGAGUGUCUCCAAGGGCGGGACGUGGGGGACACCAACAGGAAGAACGCCACAAGGAGCUACAUUAGCCAGUUUGUAGAUGACAUGGAGAACGGGAACGUGGACAACUCUCAUAUCAAAGGGAAGGAUGAGGACGAUGAGCUGUUGAGAGAGGGGAGCCUCUUCACCAUGAAAGGGGAGUCCUUCAAAGAAUUCUAUGUGAACGAGUCAUCGAUGAAUGGAGGGGGGGACCAAAGAGGGGGUAUGAUCACGUCCACCACGCCGUCUUCAUGUGAGACGCUGUCCCAGCUCCAGGCCAAAGAGUCAUCUCUGGAGGGCCAGCUCCGAGGGGAGAUCCCCUGCCACAGCUCCAGCCACUCUUCCCCCUCUCUCUCUCCCCUGGAGGACUGCCGGGGUUCCCACCAACACCACAUCCUGCAGAGACCACCACACUCUGGGAACAACAGUCAGGAGAACCUCUUCUCCUCCUUCCUCAGUGAUGUCCACACCCAGCAGAGCAGACGAGAGGCCGGCUCCAACCCGGGCCCAGACCCCAACUCAGACCGCCCCUGCUGCAGCCACCCCCACCCCCAGCCUCCCCCACGCAAGGACCAGAAGAGCCAGGAGAACGUGCACAACUUUGUGAUGGAGAUCAUUGACAUGGCUUCUGUGGUUCUGAAGAACAAAGAGAGCCAGGCGGAAGACCAAGAGAGACCUGGACAGACUGGAGCCCAGAUCAGGGACAAAGUCCUGGAGCACUCCCACCGGCCCAUUCACCUCCGCAAGGGAGACUUUUACUCCUAUCUGUCCCUCUCCUCCCACGACUCAGACUGUGGAGAGGUCAGCGUCUGCUUAGACAGCAAAAGCACCACCCCCUUACUGUCGACUACCCCAGACAUCCGGGACGAGGAGAUGCUGUUCGAGGCCUGCACUGAGGAAGUGUACCUGGGACCUCCUCUCUGCUACAGCAUGGCCAUCACCAAGAGGCCCAGGAGGCACAGUCCCAAACUAAUGGACUACUAUUCCUCCUCUCCCUCUGCCCAGAGUCAGAGCCAAGCACCUCUGCCUGCAUGCAAUGAAUACCAAAAAGCACAUGGUAUUUCUCCUGGAAGUAUAGCUGAGAGCCAGCUACAGUGCCAUAAUGAGGCUUCCUAUCUUAAUCCGUUACCAUGUGAAACUCUGAUAGACACUGUUGAAUGUUUAGCAGAUACUGAAAUGCUUGAAUCCAAUAUUUCCCCUGUAAUGACUAAGAUAAGAGUCUCUUGCUCCAGUACAAAUCCUUUAAAAGAGGAAGGCAGCCUCUGUAUUAAUCCUAAAAUUAACUGUCCCCCGAUAAGAAAGUGUGAUAGAGAUGAAAAAGGGCCUUCUUCACAGUGGAUGAAACAGAAGAGUGCCAGGAAAGGCCACAGCUCUCUUCAGGAAGUCAAGUCAACUCAUAAACAGCAACAGUCUCCAAGGUCAGGCGAAGGUUGUGGUGAGGUCGGGGGCCGGGGCCCCCAGGGUAGUGGCCCUGUCUCUGACGGCUCAUCUGCCUCAAAGACUAGAACCGCCAGGCCCCAGGUCAGGAGACAAUCAGGGAGUGUUUCCACAGCCACCUCCAAAACCCCUCUGUGAAGAGGAGUGAAGUGCCUGUGUGCAGUGUCCAUCCUGGUGGUCUGUGGCCUGGGCUGGGCUCUCUCCCCUGGUCCCCCUGUUCCCCUGGUGCAUGGCUCUGUCCAGACUGCUCUCCAGCUUCCUCCUCUUCCUCCUGGCUGCUGUAACGCUGACCCCUGACCUUUGACCCCCGCCGUCCUUUGCUCCUCCAAUCCUGUCCCAGACUGGAACUGAGCUACCUCACUGCUCUGCGACCACCAUGCAAACCCCACGUCCAUUUCUCACCACACACACGCACGCACGCACACACACACACACACACACACACACACACACACACACACACACACACACACACACACCCACACUUAUUCCGCCAGUUUGCAUGGCAUUUCUCACUAUCUCAUCCGGUACUGUACAACCAGCUGCAGAUGUUAUAAGCCCAGGGCACAAGUUUUCCUUGUUUGCUGCAUCAGAACAAAGUAGGGUCAAAUUUGAAGAGGACACAUGGGGUGGAGGAAUCCUAUGAGAACAGCACUGCUGAGAGUUCCACAGAGUUCUGAGACUUCCAGCCCCAUGACAACGUGUGUUAAGAAAGAGAGAGAAGAGAGUGAUUGUGUUGUCACUCAACUGAUGAAGGAAAUGGAAGUUGGACCGAUGUCAUAAUGAAAGGCAAAAGCAAGUAGAUCUAUCUAUGCAACACGGCCCAGGCUGGAAACAGCUGAACAGUGUUGUGUAGUGUAAGAUUGAUGACGACUGUUGACUUAAAUUCAGUAUCUAUCUACCAUUUCCUUUUUUUUUUAUUCCUAAAACAUAGAGGAACGGUACAAGGGAAGGUUUUAAACGUAAAAAAUGUGUGCCUUGCUAUUGUUGUUUCUUAUACCUUUUGUUAAAACACUGCUUACCCAGUUAGGUGUUCAAAAGAUGAAAGAGAAAGAAAAAAAGGACAACCGGCAAGGUUGAAACCGGCAUCUGUUUCUAUGUAUACGAUCUCCGACCUUGACGUAUAAUGAUGGUGUACAUGCUUUGUGUUUAGUGUAAAACUGUACGCGUUCUGUGAUGUGGAAUAUUAUGGGCCUUAAAGUGCUAGACUGCAUGGUUAAUAAAUAUACAAACAUGUUGAGAAAUAAACGUUAUUCAUUGGAAACCA